AGGAAUUUAGACAAAUACAAAGAUCUCACCAUUGGCUUGACAGGUCAGUUGGAAUUUAAUUUAGUAUAUUCAUCUGUCAUAAUUGCUUAUCAAGUACAGUGUCACGGUGACCCUGGAGCCUCACAGAGGAAGCACAGAGCACAAGCUAGGGAACACUGUGAACAGGAUGCCGGUCCAUCCCAGAGCAGAAACACACACAUCACACAAACCAUUGGUGCUGAAAAAUCACCGAGAACCGGGAGGCAGGAUUUCCCCUCAGAGGUCUAGACACGAGUCGUAGCUGAUUUAGUAUUGAGUCCAACGGCUCUCCUCCAUGAGCAAAUUAGUCAUAUUUUAAUAUAGGGUUUUAGUGACAUUUUGAAAUGCUGCCUUGUUUCCAGAACUUAAAAGGUGAUCAAGGGGUUGAACUCCAGGAAGGAUCUGACGAGCUAUUUCUUAUGAUUCUCUCCAGCCGAGAGGAAGCUAAUGAAAUAAGGGUCAGAUUAGUAAUUAGGGCAGUCUGGGUGAAACAACACUCAAAUCCUGGCUCCUGGUGUUUCCGUGGCACCUUAUCGGACUCCUCCUUGACAUCAUCUACCGUCACAGUGGGGGCCGACGCGGACCUCCUCCCUGAGCUGACCUCGGAGGCCAGUGUGGGCACAGAGAGGCUGCGCCCCAAAAGAAAAUAGUAGUCAGACAGCCGCUGCGGGGAACGUGCUCUCCCCUCAGCUCAGCUAAAGAACGCGAGCCGUAACACCAGCACGCCGGCUGCGACCUGGAUGAGUGUGGCCAGCACUGGCCCCGUGACAGCUCAUCCCGGAGAUUGUUCGCUUUGCACUUGGAGUUUUGGAGGAGAUUCUGCUGAGCGAGAUGUGGCCUUCAUAGGCCAAAACCUCAUUUGAGCUGUUAGGUGUCUCCCUGGGCAUGAUUUGGGAUGCGAAAGGAAUGUUUCCUAUGAACAAGUGCCAGUGGAAAGGGCUAUGAGUUAAAUUACCCAUAAAGCGUUUGUUUUCUGUGUUUAGUGUUCCACUAGUACAAAAGGCAACGAGCAGCCCUCUGAAGCGGAGAGCUGCACAGGGAUGAUAUCUAUCCCCAUCCCCAUUCAUCCCUGCAAACAUCUAAACCAUCCCUACAUGCAUGGGAACCAUGCACCAACACAGCAACAGUACAGUGUAAAAUUAAACACGUCCAUAUUUGCCUUUAAAUAUCUUAAUUAUUAAAUUACUCACUUGACACUGCCACGAGGUGGUGGGGGGCUGAGAACAAAUCAUUUAACAGAACAAAGGCAUUUAUAAUUAAUAUAGCACAUAUAAAAAUAUGCAUAUGCGAGCAAUUUCCACAGUAUUACCUCUUUCCCCAUUCCUGUGCAACCCUCUACUCAAAAGCUCUGAAUAAUGCUUUUAAUUACAGCAGUAAUAGCAUGAACUUGCACAGCAGAGAAGUGUAAGGGCUGGAUUUCCUUCCUCCAAGAUUCAUAUUUUUCUGUUGUUACUAUUGUGAACUUUUUUGAUGUUUGACCCUUAAGAUCACUGAUAGCUUGUUUUUUACUGGUAUUCAGGUCCACGGUUGUUUUGAGGGGUCAGAUAAGACACCACAGCGUUCCUGGGUAGAUUCUCAGCAAAGCAGCAACACAACUUUUCUGUGACUCAGGAGAGUUUUAAAGUCAUAGUCUCCGUCUGGCCGCAGUUUGAAAUGUGUCUGAGGAAUGUAAAGCAAGUUCAGCCUAAUAAUGUCACCAAUGAAAACAUUUCAAUGUAAUAGAAGAAGAAGUUGGCAGAGACAGAGCCCCCCCCCCCCCAAAUGGAAGAAUGGGAACAAUAUAAAUACCACACAAAGACACUAAAGUGUCAAAAGAAAACUCCUGUAUAAUGUAGAUGGAUUCCUUAUCUUGCUGGUCAUGGUGAAUAUAAAUCCAGUGUUUCCCAAUCCGGUCCUCAGGGACCCGCAGCCGGUCCACGUUUUUGUUACCUCCAAGCUCCCUGCCAGACAGUCCACAUUUUUAUCAUAUUAUCUAGACACAUAUACUGAUGUAUAUGCAUUAUAGCCACUACAAUAAAAGUUGAUGGAAAAACAGCACCAUUAUGAAUAGUGAUCUUUCAUGAUUAUUUUAUCACAAAUACGUAGUUAAGAGGACACUGUGCUUUGUAGUUUACUUAGAAGGUGAUGGUAUUUUUCAGUUAUAAUACAACAAUGCCCAUAUUCCUUUGAACUUCUAAGGAACUUCUGUUCCUUAGAAUUAAUUUUAAAAAAGAAAGAACAUGUCCUCUUUAUAUUAUAAUUGGUACAGGUUCAAUUCCCACAACAGGUUUGUUUGGAAAGCUGCUUAACCUGAAUUGUCACAGUUCAUGUUCAGCUUUAUAAAUGAGUUACAAAUGUACAAUCUAUAUGAUUCUGAUUCUGAAAGAGUACACUAAACAUAUAAGUAAUAACAUUAUAAUGAUUUUUUUCAUAAUUCAGUUCUACAAAAUCUUGCAUUGUUCACAUUUCAUACUUUAAAUUUCAGUUGUGUACAGGGUGGGGGGUGACCAUUCAGAGGAGCAAAAAUGACUUUUUUUCUCAGUGAGAUAUACCCUUGUCUUAAUUCCCCCAACACGAUACCCAUAAAACCUUGGUGAACUGAGUCUGAGCUGAGUCAAAACCCACCUCAGGGACUGGGCGUCACUUGGGCGCCCCCUUCCUGCCAAUGCCGGCUUAGCAGGUCAACUCCCAAGCAGGGCUGGCUGCAGGCUCUUUCUCAUAAGAGUUCCAGAUGUGCACCGUGCACAGACAGCAUGCUGCACUUCUGCCCAUCAGUACCAAGCCAGCUGCAGCUGCUGCCGGUACCCCUGCCCAGCUGCCUCUGUCACGGAUCCCAGCUCCACUUUAGCCUCAACAGCCAGAGGAGUCGCCAGCACGGCUGAAACUACAGCACUCUUUCUUCUUUUUAUCCUCAUUUUCCUUCUUUUAUACCAGGAAGUUUUAUUUCAAAAACCUGGAAAACUUUGUUUCAGAAGCCAGCAGAGAGAAGUGUCCAAACUUUUGCAAGUUUUGGGAACGAAUCUGAAUUCAGCAUGUUUUGUUCUAGAAGACUAUUUCAGCAGUGGAGCUUUGCCGUAUUUCUCCUCUGCACUCCUGUUCCUUAUUAUGGGAGGCAUAUUGAUGCACUCACUAACAGAACGAGGCGCUCUGUGAGUCAUGCCCAGCUGAUGCAUGACAAAGGGCGAACGCUGCAGGACUUCAAGCGGCACAUGUGGCUACAAAAGCUGCUGGACGAGGUGCACACGGCGGAGACCCGGGAGCCGCUCGGCAGGAGCACCCCCGGAGGGACGGUGGGUGGCACCACUGGGGGGACCGGCGGGGGCAGCCUCCACCCCAAACCCUCUGGAAGCACCAAGAACUACCCCAUGGGCUUCCCCCAGGAGGAGGAGGGCACCAACCUGCCCCAGGAGACUAAUAAGUCUGCCAGCAAGGGAGCCAGCAAGAAGAAAAAGAAGGGAAGAGCUGGGAAGCGACGGGACACUGAAAAGAAGAGGCGGCGGACACGCUCUGUACUGGGGCCCGGGAGUGGCUGGCCCCUGGACUGGAGGCGGAGCUUCAAACUGCCCAAAAAACUUCACUAAGACCCUGUCAGCCUCUGACAAAGGUAAAUACAGUACCUGCUGAUGGAUAGAUGGCUGGAUGGAGGGAUGCCUGGAUGUUUUAUGGCAGCAUAAAGCAUCAGAUGUUAACGAGAAGGUUCCCCCGACAUAGCCAGCGCUGAGGAAUGAAAACUAAAUCCAGCUCAUGUAAGGGAAGGUUAAAUCCAGAACGUUCCACUGGCUCUCCUCCCUUAAACACAUGGGGCAGCAGAACUGAGGAGUCUGACGGUCUCGGCGCCGUGGCGUCGUUCGAACCCCGCCAGGCUGCACGUCUUCGUCCCGCCGCUCUGAGCUUCCGUCUCGGGGAUUUGGGGGGGGGGGGGUGUUUUCUCAGUGUGGGGUGUCUGUUUUGCAUAAUGGCAAGCAUGUGGCCCAGACACCCUCCCCCCACCCCUGUGAGGAGCUGAGAAGGCAUCAGAGUGAGGGGCCAGCUCUCCCAGGCUCUCUUGCAUGAGGGCCCCCUUCCAGCCGGUGCCACUCCCGGCUCAGCCUGAUGUAAAACAGGCCUCCAUGCUGGCCCAGGAACACAGGCUCAGUGCCGGGCUGUUCUUGGGGAGGGGCUGAGUUCAUUCAGCCUGGACAUGCAAAAUCAUGCUGUCCAAGAUAUUAGCUAAUCCUGAUGGCCUCUUACCUCCCACAUUAGAUACAGAGGUGGACUAAAAGGAAAAAUUAUAUAAUAAUAAUAACAUUAAUGACAUAACCUUACCUUCAAAUAAAUGUGUAUACACAUAUAUGUAUAUACAGUACUUCUGUUUAUAAACUUUUGAAAAGGAGGCUACAAUUUUUCAUUGUAAGGUUUCCUAACCGUAUGUUUUUAUUUGUUUUAAAUAUGUUUUUAAAUUAAUGUUGAUGCUGAAUAAAAGUGUAAUUAUUCAGCUGCUUGGUUAUUGGCUGACAAAAAUGUCAAAUACACAAACCGAAUAGACAAAGUUUACAUAAUCACAAAUUACAAUAAAUCAUGUACCUUUAAUGUGUUUUUUUGUUUCAUUCUGUUCAUUUUUAUAGUGAUAUUAAAAUGUAUAGGAGGCAUUUGUAGUACAGUAAACAAAUAGCCAUUCUUAGCUUUCUUUUGUUUCCUGUUUACAGAUGACCCAGACACAUUUGAGUGGGACAUCCAAGGACUCAUUACCGUUUUCUGUAAUAAUGAUUGUUCUGAAGGUAAUAGAGAAAAUAUUUAUUGUUUGUAAAUAAUUUAAACACACCAGAAUAGUGACUUUGAUAAUAAAAUCGUUAUUCAAUGCUCUGUGGAGCUUUUGAUUAUUGUGAAAUGUUCCUUUGUUUGGACUACACCGUUUAUAAAUGUCAGAUUUGCCAUAAUUUAUUUUUUUCUCUUAAUAAUGUUUAUAUUUAUUUUGUAAAUGUGUAAUGCUGCUGCUGAUUUUAUAUAUUUUUGUAACAUAAUGCACUUUAGAUAAAUAAGUAUAUAUAUCCAGUCAUUUUGUUCAUUGAAGUAAUAAAGUGUUCUCUUUUCGUGGUUUUAUUUUGAAAAUCCUGAAUGCUUGUAUAUUACUUGUAUAUAUUUAGCUUGAUAUCACCAAACUGGUUUGUCCCCCAAAGAACAUGCAUGUCAAUCGAGUUUCCAGCAUAUCUGAUCUAGGACCUGUUGCAUAUAUUCUCUGUGUACGUAAUGGCUAAAAUCUCUUCUCAAUACCUCACCUACAGCACAUCUCCAUUCAUCAAAGAAACAGCUCCCUUUGUAUGCAAACUGAACACCUAAUACUUGUUUAACACUUGCACUGAGAUGACAUCCUGUUUUGAAAUGAUCAUACAGUUAGCAGUAAGCAUAUUGAUUUUCUUUUUUUUGGCAGAGUCUUGUUAACAAAUGAUGUUUAUGUCUUUCAUUUUAAAUAUUAUCAUGUCCAAGGGCUUUUAUAACAGGCACUGGUGCCUUGUAGUCUCAAAGCAUUUUACACAAAGGAAAAUGCAUUUGGAUGAAACAGAAUAAAGAUCUUAUUUUAAAUUCUG